CAUAAAUGGUUGUAAUGCUCAUCAUUUCCUUCCAUCAAUCCGCCCAAAUAAACCCUUUUCUUCUCCAUCACUAAUGGCUCAAGAAUCGCUGUCCUCUAAUGGCAGCCCCGAUUGUAGUCCAAGAAAGGCCAGAAAUGGCCUCAAACCCCACAGCAAAGACAAGAAGAACCCUUACUCCGACCGUGGCCUCGACAAAUUCUCUGCUCUUUUAACCGAUCUUGAGGAGAAAAGGAAGAGAAUUUACGCUCAAACUGACCCAGAAAACAUUGUUUUGGUCCGUUUUGCUUACAAGAAUUCAGAUGAGUGUGUUCCUGUGGUUGUGAAACAGAAGGACAAGAAAGAGGAGAAGCGUGUGAAUGAUAUCAAACCAGCAAUAACCCAGAAGCAGCCCGACAAGAAGAGCCUCGUACGAGUGAGAACUUUGAGGAAAUUGAGGAAACCAGGUUAUUAUGUUACAGCUAUGGUGAUUUUGAUUCUGGUUUUGUUGUGUGUUUUUGGGAGAUCGGUGGCGAUUAUGUGCACUUGUGUGGCUUGGUAUUUGGUCCCUGUUUUGAAACAGAGUUGGUCGAGAUCAAGAACAUCAAUGAAACGAAAGGAGUAUGCAAGGAUUUUGACUCGAAAUAACAAGUGUGAACAACCAAUUUGAUCUUUGGUUGUGGGUAAGAUUGUUUAGUUUGUUGUUUUUGUUUGAUGUUUGAUGGGGUUGGAUUUGAAAUUGGAUUCGACUUCGAUGAACAGUGGGUAAUGUAAAUUAAGUAGAGGGGGUAGUUAGGGAGUGAAAUGUGUUAAUUACAAUCACAUUUAGGUUCUAAUUAAGCUUUAUGAACAUUAAUGAUUCUUCUACCAAAUGGAAGGUUGGGCGUUGGAGUAUGACUUUU